AUGGAUAUAGAUAACACAAUUUCAAGUAAGUAUGAAGUUGACCUUCAAGCAAUUCAACGUCAAAUGUGUGUUGAAGAAAGAGAAAAAGGAAGUUCAACCAACAAUGUCGAAAGAAGGAAUGUCCAUCACACUCCUUUUGGAAGUACCAAGCAAAUAUCCAAUUUUGUUGAGAGGACUCAAUUAUCAGAUAUUACAAAUUGUGGAAUAUCUAAAAUUGAAUUACAAAUGAGUGAUGAGAUGUUACCAGAUUCUGUGGUUAAGAAGAUUCAUGGAAUUUCUAAAGUAAGUUCUCAGAUAGAAUGCAAAACUACAAGAAACAACCAGCUUGAUAGUACAACCAUAGAGGGUCUUAAAGAUAUGUUGGAUUCUUGCAAUCCUCUUGUCCAAUCCUUCAGAAUGGUAAGAGAUUGUUUUCAAGAAAAUGAGUUUCAAGAUGUAAGCUUGAAGCUUAUUGGAACAAGAGAUAAGGAUGGAAGAGUUCACAAUUUGCCAACAUCAUCAGAAAUUGCUGCUUUAAUACAUGGUGAUUUUGAUGGAGCAUUUGAUAAACGGGACAUUGUUGUUAGAAAGAAGUCUGAUGGUUAUAGAGUUGGUAUUAAACAUAGAGGGAUUGCGAUUGAUGAUGAGGUACUUAGAACCAAUCUUACAAUUAGAGAAUUCUUUUGUUACAAAAUUCAAGAUAGACAGAAUCGGUUUUCAUUGUUAGUUAAUGCGAAAAACCUAUUUCAGCAGUUUUUGGUUGAUGGAUACAUGAUGAUAGAAUCUGCCAGGUUGAAUUAUAUAAGGACACAACAACCUAAACUUAGAGUGCAAAAUCUUAAGAAUUUGAAUGCUACUGUUGAAAGUGGAGAGAAUAAUGCCUCAAGUUGUGGUAAACCUAUACUUUUACCUUCAUCAUUUACUGGUGGUUCUAGAUAUAUGACGCAAAAGUACUUGGAUGCUAUGGAAAUUUGCAAGUCUGUUGGAUAUCCCGAUUUAUUCAUAACGGUGACUUGUAAUCCAAACUGGCCUGAGAUUUAUAGGUGUUUGCACGAUAAAGCUCUUAAUGCUGAAGACAGACCGGAUAUUAUCUCUAGAAUAUUCAAGUCCCACUGUUCAAAAAUUUCAGUUAUGUAUACAGUGGAAUUUCAGAAGCGUGGACUCCCACAUGCUCACAUAUGUUUGUUCUUGGGUGCUGAAAGUAAAUUUCCAAAUGCAUCUGAUAUUGAUCGUGUUAUUACUGCUGAGAUACCAGAUAAAGAAAGAGAUCCUGAAAUAUAUGAGCUUGUCAAGCAAUUUAUGAUUCAUGGACCAUGUGGUACAGACAACCCACUUUGUCCAUGUAUGGUUCAGCAAAAAUGUUCUAAAAAGUUUCCCAAAAAAUAUGUAGAUGAGACUUGUGUUGAUUCUGAAGGAUAUCCUGUCUAUCGUCGCCGUCAAACAAGUAAUACGGUAGUAAAGAAUGGUGUGACACUUGAUAAUAGAUUUGUAGUUCCUUAUAAUGCUCUCCUGCUCAGAAAGUAUCAGUGCCACAUUAACGUUGAAUGGUGCAACCAGUCAGGUUCUAUCAAAUAUUUGUUUAAAUAUAUUAAUAAGGGGCCUGAUAGAGUGACUGCUUCUGUUUUUCAAGCCAAUAGCACCAAGAAUAAUACGGAACAGAAUGUAGCUGUAGAUGAGAUAAAAGCAUACCUUGAUUGUAGAUAUAUCUCUGCUUGUGAAGCUACUUGGAGAAUAUUCAUGUAUGAUAUACAUUAUAGAUAUACAGCUGUUGAAGUAUUACCUUUUCAUUGUGAAGAUGGUCAGAGUAUUGUGUAUAACGAUCAUGAUAAUUUGUGUGAUAUUGUUACUGAUCCAACUGUGAAAAUGACAAUGUUUAAAGAGUGGAUGAAUUGUAAUAAAGUCGAUGAAUUUUCCAGGACAUUGAGGUAUGUUCAGUUUUCGGGAUAUUAUGUAUGGAAUGCUAAAAAUCGCAAAGGGAAUCAAAGAAAGCAUCCGUAUGGAUCAAUUGGGAGGGUACAUUAUGUCCCACCAUCACUUGGUGAUUGUUAUUACCUAAGGAUUUUACUGAAUCAUAUUAAGGGACCAACUUGUUUUGAAGAUAUAAAAACAGUUUAUGGGCAAGUUUUUAAAAAAAUUAAAGAUGCAUGUUUAGCACGGGGGCUGUUGGAUGAUGAUAAAGAAUAUGUUAAUGCUGUCAAAGAAGCUAGCACAUGGUCAACCGAAGAUUUCUUGUGGACCUUUUUUGUAACGUUGUUGCUGUCAAAUUCGAUAUCUCGUCCUGGUGAUUUUUGGUCAGAAACGAAGUCCCUGUUAUGUGAAGACAUUCUGUAUCAGCAACGAAAGAUAACUGGUAUUGCAGAUUUGGAUCUUCAACAGGAAGAACUUGAAAAUAUCUGUCUAUCUGAAAUUGAAAAGUUGCUUCUUACCAAUGGAAGUACAGUGAGAAAUUUUGAUGAUAUGCCAAGUGUUCCGGACAAUUAUGUUUCAUCGUCGAACAAUCGAUUGAUAAUGAAAGAAUUAUCGUAUGACAGACUAGCUCUUCAAAGGGAGCAUGAUCGUUAUGUAAAGUGUUUAACUGCCGAACCGGAAAAGAUAUAUAAAAUUGUUAUGGAAGCGAUUGAAAAAGGUGAUGGAGGUGUGUUUUUUGUAUAUGGUUAUGGUGGAACUGGAAAGAAGUUUCUUUGGAAGACAUUCUCAGCUGCAUUACGAUCAAAAGGUGAAGUUGUGACAACUCGUACUUUCAAGAGCCUUGUGCUAGUUUUCUGUGUGAUAGUUUUGUGUUAUAAUUAUGUGUACGUGUUUAAAUGA